AUGGAGCAAACUCUCACUUGUCCCAACGCCACCUUCUCCCAGGUGUUUGGUCGCCAGGGGCAACUCAUGCAAGCCACGGUGCAGUCUCUGAACAGCCUGAAUGACCAGAUCGCCCACCUCAUGCUGAGGCGCCCGCACUCUCUGGACCAGGAGCAGACGGCCUUUCUGCCCAGCGAGAGACAGAGCCUGCACCAGUCCAUGAGUCUGAUGAGACACCUUCUGAUGGACGCGCAGACCAAGAUCCUGAAGAUGAUGGAGGACAACAAGCAGCUGGCCCAGCGCAUCGACGCGGCCGUCCAGUCGGCCAGUCAGGAGGUCAGCAACCUGCGCUCCGAGCUGACCGCCACCAGCCGCCGCCUCGCACAGCUGGGCGCCGCGGAAACUGCCGCCACGCCGCCGGCCGACAACAGCCCCACGCACAUCUCCCACGACUCGUUGGGUCAUGCCCGUCAGAAGCCGGUCACUGACCUCUGCUACAGGAGUGACAUCAGCAGCUUCAUGGACUUUGGGUCACCUGAUGCCUCAUUGGAAAAAGUGUUGCUGCGUGAGGAGGUGGUGCAGCUGCAGGAGGAGGUGUCGCUGCUGAAGCAGAUGAAGGAGAUGCUGGGUAAGGACCUGGAGGAGACGCACGGGGGCUCCGCUGACCUCCUCUCCGCCACAGAGCUCCGCGUGCAGCUCACACACAAGGAGCAGGAGCUGGACCGCGCAAGAGAGGCCCUGCAAGCCAUGAAGGCAGAUCGUAAGCGCCUGAAAGUGGAGAAGGCCGACCUGGUGAACCAGAUGCAGCAGCUCUACACCACCCUGGAGAGCAGAGAGGAGCAGCUACGAGACUUCAUCAGGAACUACGAACAGCACAGGAAGGAGAGUGAGGAUGCGGUGAAGACUCUGGCGAAGGAGAAGGAUCAGCUAGAGAGGGAGAAGUGGGAUCUGCGGCGCCAGGCCAAAGAGGCCACGGAACAUGCCGGAAUCCUGCGCUCACAACUGGACCUAAGAGAGAACAGGAUCAAAGAGCUGGAGGCCGAGCUCGCCAUGAUGGGCAGCGUAAUGGCCCAGCGUGUGGAAAGCAGAGCGUUAAGUCGCUCCGUGGAGCGGCAGUGCCAGGGUUCACCCAGGGCCAUGUCGGUAAGACGAGCUCAGACUGACAACCCCUCCCCCUCCUCUGAUUGGCUCAACUGGUGGUUUGUCCCGCCCCUUGCCCCCAUGGCAAAGCAGUCUCUUGCCACUCUCACAAAGGAUGUUCCCAAACGCCACUCUCUCGCCAUGCCAACAGAAGCUGUCGUCAAUGGCAACCAGGAGUGGGUGAUGCAUGCUGACUUACCGUUGACCGCAGCCAUCCGACAGAGCCAACAAACCCUCUACCACGCCCACACACACACUAUGGACCGGCCAGUGUUGAAGGCAGCUCCUCCGGUGUGUAUGUGUGAGGCUGACGGUGUGUUGAUCCCUGCGUCAGCAGCGGUGCGGGUCAGCCCCUGUCACUCACGGCAACCAUCGGUCAUCUCUGAUGCGUCCGCCAUGGAGGCAGACCGGUCCUCUACGCCCAGCGACAUCAACUCUCCACGACACCGCACACACUCUCUCUGCAACUCCCUGGAGGAUCUGGAUGAGCAGAAGCGUAAGAAGAAGAAGGAGAAGAUGGGAUUGGGCUCACUGUCGCGGGUCUUCGCUCGGGGGAAGCAGCGCAAGUCCAUGGACCCCGGCCUCUUCGAUGGUACUGGCACCCCUGACUACUACAUAGAGGAGGACGCAGACUGGUGAUUGGUCCAUCCCAGCAAGGCCCCUCCCCCCACUGACCCCUCAGUCCAGAAUGAAUGACUAACGUGUGUCUGUUUUUGUGUGUGUGUGUGUGUGUGCGUGUGUGUGUGUGUGUGUGUUUGCCCAGUGUGAGCCGACAAGUGAGCAUAUGUAUGUGUGUGUGUGUGUAUGUGUGAGUGUGUGUAAAACACUCCCUUCUUGUGUUCUUGUGAAGGGAAGAAGCACUGAAUACUGUAAGUGUGUGAAUGUGUAUGAAUGAGUGCAAAUGUGUGUGCUUGUGUUUAAAUGCUGAAUAAGCAAGCAUGUAAAUAGAUUAUUACUUGUUCCUACAGCAGGGCUAGGCUUGGCUGAGUGUGUGUGUGUGUGUCUGUGUGUCUGUGUGUAUGUGUGUGUGUGUGUGUGUGUGUGUGUGUGUGUUUUCUCUUAGCCCAAACACUUAGCUCUGUGUGCGCGUGUGUGUCUAACCCCAAGCCCCUGUGGGAUCGCUGGAGACUUGAAGGACUCCUGUAGAUAGAUGUCAUGUGCACUUUGUGCUUGUAAAUGUCUCUGUUCAGAAUGCCUUUUGAAACUCUCAUCUGGUGUGCAGCAGCUUCUGUUGGGUUUGCCUCUUUAAUUCCCCCCCCAACCCCCCCCACCCA